GAUGUUAUUGAAGUUGUGCAUAACAGAAAGAUAUGUCAAGGUUGCCCGGACAUAAUUCUGAAUGCAGAAAACUUGAAUAACUUUUCAUCGUUUAGUUACCUGGAUAAAGUAGGCACCUUGCGACAUAAGCGCUGUCCAUUAAUUCUACCUACUGGUCAAGAGGUCAAAGGAAAGGAACAAUGCAAAUAUUGCAAGACAGUGAAGGGAUUAUUGAGAAGAAAGAUUAUUCGCAGGCAGCAUAAUAAAUCGUCCAACUAUUGCAAAACCAGUGAUCUGAGAUGAAGAAAGCUCGCAAAGGUGCAAAGAUUAAAAAAAAUGCUCAAUUCUACAGGUCGAACUAAAGAAAGAGUUCAAUCAAGGGUGCGCAUGCUGAAAAAAGUGGUUCUUGAAUAUGAAUAUAAAAUGAUGCGAAUAUCAGAACAGAACGUUGGUUAAUUGAUUGAUAAGCAUCACAAAAUCAGUCCCAAUGAGAAAGUGGCAAUCAAAGAUAUAUUCAAAUCUGCUAGCACAAAAGACCCAAAAGGCCCAAGAUACUCGCAAGAAUAGAUUAUUCUUUCUAUUUUAUUACAUGUGCGCUCCCCAAUGACCUACCGAAUGUUGCAUGAAAAUAAAAUAUUGCCAGUGCCUAGUGUGCGAACAAUUUGGAGGUAAUUUUUAAAAUAAUUAUUGAAAUUUAUGUUACAUUUAACGGAGUAGAAGGUUUUGGCGACAAUGUCCCAAAAGACAUAGGAUAAAGAAAUGGAUGAUCAUGGAUUAGUAAUUAUGUUCCAACCAUUGUACGAUAAUUACUCGCAGCCAAUUGCCGUCUUCGCGUCUAAGGGACCGACCCAUGGAGAUGCUGUGGUGAAAUUAGUGAUUCAAUCGAUAGCUCUUCUGGAAAAAGCAGGGGCAAAAGUGCACGGGAUUGUUGCUGGCGGAGGAGCUCCAAACAGGCGAAUGUGUACUGAAUUGGGGUGUAGUGGAAAAAUGGAAGGCUUUAAAAACUCGUUCAAGCAUCUUGUGGAUGAAGAACGAUAUGUAUUCCUCUUCUCGGAUACACUUCAUCUUAUAAAAACCAUUCGAAAGCGUUUGGAAAAUGGUUCGAAGCUAAAGAUUCAUCCGGAUGACGGCUCGAUUGAAUGGGAACAUUUCGAAAUCCUACACGACCUUGGCAAACAUCAACCGGCGAGGAACAGAUGGUGCCCAAAUAUAACAGACACUCACGUUAAACUGAAGGACAACCAUUUUACUAAAAUGAGAGUAAUUCUAGCUCUUCAGGUAGUUUUUUGA